AGUCUCGGUUAUUGCGCCAGUUUUGUAAAGAAAUCACGCGAAAUAGGUUAUGACGCGACAUAACCUACAAGUACACAAUAUCUGCGAAAUAUGCGUUGCCUGACGAAUCUAGGGCUUUAAAAAUAAUUCAAUACGAUCUUGAUGAGUAUAUGUCAAUUCAAGUAUCCUGUUUACGUAGAUUCGUCGUGUAAUCGUUGACACGACGUCUUCUUCUUCCUCUUCUACCUUUUCUUCCUCACCAUGAAAUUCGCGGAACAUUUAAGCGCUCACAUCACACCAGAAUGGAGAAAACAGUAUAUCAACUAUGAGGAAAUGAAGGCUCUGCUAUAUGCUGCAGUAGAGCAGGCUCCAUCCGCAGAUGUAAGCGAACCAUAUGUUUUAGAUAGCUUCUACAGCAAGUUUGAUGAGAAGUUUUUCCAUUAUUGUGAUAAGGAACUGACAAAAAUAAAUACCUUCUAUUCUGAAAAAUUAGCAGAAGCUACACGUAGAUUUGCCACACUUAACAACGAACUAAGUGAGAUUUUAUCAGUUUCUGAGGAUGCCCAAAGUCGUAAGGCACGCUAUCGCAGUCACAUCCUUCACAAAAAGCCAGUAUCGGCACGCAAACUUCAAGAGUUAAAAUUAGCCUUUUCUGAAUUCUAUCUUUUUCUUAUUCUACUUCAAAAUUACCAAGACUUGAAUUUUACUGGAUUCCGAAAAAUUUUGAAGAAACAUGACAAACUUUUGAAUGUAGACUUUGGUAGCAAAUGGCGUGCAGAACAUGUUGAUACGGCGAUUUUCCAUACACGGAAGGAUAUAGAUAGAUUGAUUGCAGAGACCGAGGCUGUAGUCACUCGAGAUCUGGAACAUGGCGAUCGUCAAAGAGCCAUGAAACGGCUCAGAGUACCUCCACUCGGAGAACAGCUCUCUCCUUGGAUUACAUUUAAAGUCGGUCUUUUUUCCGGUGCUUUUGUCAUACUUUUUAUUGCUGUGAUAUUAUCCGCUAUGCGAUAUAAAAAGAAGGAAAACUGGAAGGUAUUAUGUCGAAUUUAUCGUGGGCCACUUCUUAUGAUAGAAUUCCUUUUUUUGAUGGGAAUCAAUGUUUAUGGCUGGAGAUCUUCUGGCGUAAACCAUGUGCUGAUAUUCGAACUUGAUCCACGCAAUCAUUUGUCAGAACAGCAUAUCAUUGAAAUGGCAACCAUACUCGGUCUAGUUUGGUCCAUGUCUAUUUUGGGUUUUCUAUAUAGCGAUACGUUGGGUAUACCACCGUUUGUUCAACCAUUGCUGUUUUAUGUACUAUUGGCACUAUUUUUAUUCAAUCCUACCAAGACUUUACGAUACGAGGCAAGAUUUUGGACGCUGCGCGUUCUAGGUCGUGUCUUUUGCGCACCAUUCUUUUAUGUGGGAUUCGCGGAUUUUUGGCUCGCUGAUCAACUCAAUUCUCUUCAUACGGUCUUUCUAGAUUUUCAAUAUUUUGUCUGUUUCUAUAUUCAGAAUUCUUCUUGGACCGACGUUACAGAUACAGACACCUGUAUAGUGCGUGAACUAUCGAUGAGACCGUUUGUGGUGUGUUUACCGGCGUGGUUUCGAUUUGCACAAUGUCUCAGACGUUAUCGAGAUACGAAAGAGAUCUUUCCACAUCUCUUAAAUGCGGUCAAGUAUGCAACAAGCUUCUUUGUGGUUAUUUUCGCUUAUUUGCAUUUAACAAAUAAGAAAUAUUACGCACUGUCUACUGAGAAUCCCUACUUUUACUUAUGGCUGACAGUCAGUGUAGUGAGUUCCUGUUUUACGUAUACUUGGGAUGUAAAAUUGGAUUGGGGUCUUUUCGAUAGCAAUGCUGGAGAAAAUAAGUUUCUCAGAGAAGAGAUAGUUUAUUCAUCACCUUAUUAUUACUACUUUGCAAUGGUUGAAGAUUUUAUCUUGCGAUUUGGAUGGGCAUUUUCUUUGUCUCUAACAGAAAUGGGUUAUAUUCACGCGGAUCUUAUGGUUUCUAUAGUUGCCCCGUUAGAAGUUUUCAGACGUUUCGUGUGGAACUUCUUCCGCUUAGAAAACGAGCAUUUGAACAAUUGUGGCAAGUUUAGAGCAGUACGGGAUAUCUCGGUUGCACCAGUGGACUGCUCGGACCAAACACAAAUAUUACGAAUGAUGGAUGCUUCCGACGGCGUAAUAAAUCGCAGGCGAAAGCAAAAUAUAGAGGAAAAACGCAAGCCGAUUCGAUUGCUCGUAACGGACGAGUCUCUGUUGGACAAUAAUUAAGGCGGUGUGAUUAUCGAUUUGGCAUAGUUAAAUUUAUAACUAAAUUGAUUUUUUUGUACCGCCUUAUUAUUUUGUUUACAAUUAUGAUGAAUAAUCAAAUUGAUAAAAGCAGAGAAUAUAAAAAUAUGAGAAUUUUGGCAUUCUUUGGAUAUAAGAUGUCGAAUCAUCAUUUAUGUGAUAUGUUAAUUAGAUGUUAGUUCAUCGAUGUGAUUAAAGAUUACGACUAUCUGUAAAUAAAUAGUGAAUUGAUAUAAUUUAAAAACACAAUCAAAGGAAUCAAAAGGAUGAGACCUUAUCAAAAACAUUAAGGACUGAUGUGAUGAUUUUUAUUUCGAUUAUCUGUAUCUCGAUUAAAUAAAUAAUUGUUACGAAAUGAAACGUUGUGUUUUAAGAACGACAUAGGCACGUAUCAUUUCCUUAUUACAUUUAAAUCCAAAAUAUAAAUUUAAAAAAUGCCUCGUCCUUAUCAUUAAUAUUUGACAAUAUUUUUUACUUUCAAUAGUUCUGGAGCAUAACAGGUCCAUCAGCAUCAUUGAAAUAUACAGUUAACAAACUUUGCGUUACCAAGUAUAUGAACUCAGAGAAACGUUUCUAUUCUACCGAUAUUCAAUGGAUGAAUUAAAGGGUGAACGUCCGGGCAAAAUGAAUCGGAACCACAGCAAUCUUGUAAACGGAACAAAUCCUCACAUGUGCG